UUGAAUUGAUUAUAACUUAAAAAAAUUUAAGUGAAACUACUAAAGUAGCCUCGGUUAAGUCAGAAAAUUACAUUCUUACCCUACCCAAAUCCCUAACCACCUUUCACACGACCCUCGAUCAUUCUUUCUUUCAAAUUCGGUUUCUUUCCGCGUCUCUUCGUUUUCUCUUCCAUCAUACCACCACCACACACGGCGACGGCGGAGGUCUCAGUCUGCCACCGUCACUUCCUACAGCGCACGGUUUAACACGCGACUCACAACCUUCUCUCAUCUCCCUGUCUACUCUGUGAUACAAAUGAGUGUUGUGGCAGAUUCUCCUGUACAUUCUUCUAGUAGUGAUGACUUCGCCGCAUACCUUGACCAAACACUAGAUGCAAAUUCAUCCAACUCAUCCUCAGAUGAAGAAGCUGAAAGCGAAGACGAGUUUGAGGAUGUCAGCAGAACUAAAAGACGUAAGUUUGAAAGCUCUGAAGAAACUGAGGGGUCUACUUCAGUAGGAAUCAUGAAACAUGAAUUAGUUGUUGCAGAGUCAUCUGUGAAGGUAGAUGUUUGUACACAUCCUGGCUCAUUUGGUAACAUGUGUAUAUGUUGUGGGCAAAAGUUGGAUGAGGAAUCUGGUGUGACAUUUGGGUACAUACACAAGGGACUGAGACUUCAUGAUGAAGAAAUUUCUAGAUUGCGUAAUACAGACAUGAAGAAAUUUUUAAAUAGUAAAAAACUUUACUUGGUUCUUGACCUAGAUCACACACUGCUAAAUACCACUACCCUCAGUGACAUGAGCAAAGAAGAGUCACAUUUACUUAACGAGACAGAUUCUCUUGAAGACAUCUCCAAGGGCAGCCUAUUCGAAUUGAGUCAUAUGAAAAUGAUGACCAAGUUAAGGCCCUUUGUCCGUACAUUUCUUAAAGAAGCAAGUGAAUUGUUUGAGAUGUACAUCUACACCAUGGGUGAUAGGCCCUAUGCAUUGGAGAUGGCCAAGCUCCUUGAUCCUCGAGGAGAAUACUUCAAUGCUAAAGUUAUUUCUCGAGAUGAUGGGACUAAAAAGCAUCAAAAGGAUCUUGAUAUUGUUUUGGGGCAAGAAAAUGCUGUCUUAAUUCUUGAUGAUACCGAACAUGUAUGGACGAAGCAUAAAACCAAUCUGAUACUUAUGGAAAGAUACCAUUUUUUCUCUUCAAGUUGUAAACAAUUUGGUUUCAAUUGCAAAUCUCUUGCUGAAACGAAGAGCGAUGAAAAUGAAAUAGAUGGAGCACUUGCAAAAAUCCUUGGAGUGCUCAAGCAAAUCCAUAGCACAUUCUUUGAUAAACUUCAAGGAGAUCUUGUUGACCGAGAUGUGAGGGAGGUUUUGUCAUCAGUCCGAGGUGAAAUCUUAAGCGAAUGUGUGAUCGUUUUCAGUCGUAUUAAUCAUGGUGCAUUGCCAACUCUCAAAAGACUCGCACAGCAACUGGGUGCUACAUGCUUGACAGAACUUGAUCCCACAGUGACACAUGUGGUUGCCACUGAUGCUGGAACUGAAAAGUCCCGAUGGGCAGUUAGAGAAAAGAAGUUUUUAGUUCAUCCCCGAUGGAUAGAGGCUGCAAAUUACUUCUGGCAAAAACAACCGGAGGAGAACUUUGGUCUAAAAAAGACCACUAACAACUCGUAGUAUAGUAGUACUGAUCUAUCUAUUGGUGAUGAAUCAAAAACUUCUCUAACUUACUUUUUUGGUUGAAGCAAAAUGAGAACUUUUUGCAUUCUCAUGUUAUCUUUCUUUUGUGUUGAAGUUUAGUCUUUUAUGAUAAUUUUUUAGUAUAUGAAACAACAGAACAUGGAACGUUACAAUGCUAAUGCAAUUAUAACUUGUACAGUA